AUGCAAAAGCCUAGCAAAUUUGCAAACUCGUCAUUUCACAAAGAAUCACGGCCUGAGGCGCCUUUACCAGAAACCAAACCAAAGGCUGGCCCACAGGAUGAGUUUUUCUCCGAGUUAGUGCAAACCGGAAAACCCAACUGGAAGAAGGCCCCCGCUGCGGUCAAGAACCGCUACAAUGGCAUUUUCUUGAUUCUCUUUUCCAUUCCGAUUCUCUUGCUUCCGGGCUGGGAGUUGUACCGCCGGAUCAACGGGAAGUCAACGAAAAAAGUGCAAGAAGGUGAGGUUAUAGAGGGACGCACGGUCCGCAAGUUUGACGAAGCCGAGAAGUGGCAAGUGGAACGUAACAGCAUCAUGUACAAGAUUUUUGGCAAGGAUUUUUUCCUUGAUGGUUUCACCAGCAAAACCAUGCAUGAAGACGAAGGCAAGAAGAGCUAA